ACCGGAGCUGACUUCUGUACCUGCCAACUCUCUAACAGACCACAUAUAUACCUACUCAUACACAACAAUGGCUGGCCACUUUGGAAGACACUUAUUACACCCUGACAAGGAAGUCGAGAAGUUCAGUGAAUUCAGAGAGAACCUUAUCAAGCACUACAAGUGGAACUUGAGGUCAGCAGGUUUCGCUGUUUUGUUCCUUGCUGCUAUCCCAGUUGGUUUGACUUACGUCGGCUACAAAUAUCAAUCUCUCCACUUGGUGGCUGCUAAGAGAGAAGAACCAAUUUUCGAAAAACACAACAACUGGGUUCCAAGAUCAUAGGCUGUACCGUGUCAUAAGAUGAUUGUAGCUUUUCUGAAUAUACCAUCUCUUCAAACUGUUACCAUCAUCUAUUAUAUUUAUUUCCUCCCAUUUCUACACUAUAUAGCAAUCUUCUACUGAUUCAACAAUAUUUAUUAUUCUGCACUGUUUCCCCGCUAUUGUAAAGACGCUGG